UCCGAAAUUUCCACUUCUAGUUUUAGGAUGUCAUCGGUUUCUCUAUAUUUUCACGACUUAAAAGCAAAUCUUCAACAGCCUGUAUCCAAAACACCGACCUGCCCAAUUAAAAUCUACAUUGACUGUUAGGCAUAAACAAACGUGAAUCUGAACGCUUUCAUCGUCAGUCUGUAUAAUCGAGAAGGAUCUCUAAGAGUUCUUGAGAUCAAGAUGGCAUCCAUGUACUUUCUGUUUCUCCUUUUAAUCCUCAUAAUUCCUCUUUUAAUCCUCAUAAUCCUAACCAUAAUCUUAAAACCUAGACCUACUAAAAUCCCAAUCAAAGGUCGUCAUGUAUUCAUUACUGGUGGUUCAAGUGGUAUUGGAUAUGCUUUAGCUCAUGAAGCUGCAUCGCAAGGAGCUCGUGUAUCAAUACUUGCUCGUAAUGUUGAUAAAUUAGAAGAAGCUCGUAAUUCUAUACGAUUAUCAACUGGUAUUGAUGUUUCUGUAUUCAGUGUUGAUGUUCGGAAUUUUGAUGAUGUGAAAAAAGCGAUUAGCGAAGCUGAUCCAAUUGAUGUAUUGAUUUGUAAUCAAGGUGUUUUUAUUCCUGAAGAAUUUGAUAAACAAGAAGUAGAUACUAUUAAGUUUAUGAUGGAUGUUAAUUUAAUGGGUACAUUUCAUCUGAUUAAAGCUGUGUUGCCGUCUAUGAAGAGUAGGAAAGAUCGCGGUCCUUGUUCUAUUGCUUUGAUGUCUUCACAAGCUGGUCAGGUUGGAAUCUAUGGUUAUGCGGCUUACGCGGCUAGUAAAUUUGGUCUUCGGGGUUUAGCAGAAUCCUUGCAGCAAGAGGUUAUUUCUGAUAACAUCCACAUCUCACUUAUAUUUCCUCCAGACACCGAAACCCCUGGCUUAGCUGAAGAGAACAAGACAAAACCAGAGAUUACUAGUAUAAUUGCCGCCUCUUCUGGCGCGAAGAAAGCUGAUGAAGUAGCCAUAACAGCUUUAAAUGGCAUCAAGUCUGGAAGCUUUAUCAUCCCAUGCAAUUUUGAUGGACUAAUGCUGUCUCUCGCAACUGCUGGAAUGAGUCCCCAGAGAUCACCUGCAAUGGCACUUCUGGAGGUGGCCACGACUAGUCUUUUGCGUUUCGUGGGUUUUUUCUAUCUAUGGAAUUGGUAUGCAAGUAUAGAGAAAUGGAAUGCACAAAAAAUCCGGACCUAAAGAGGAAUUUGUUGGAUAGGAGGUACCUGUUGUACAAUGAGGGUUGGAAUUGAUCUUCUCGAUUUUGAAGAGCAGGUUAUGGUGCCAGAAACAAAUUGAAGCAUUGAUAUUAUGAUGCAACCCAGUCUUUUUAUUUAUUUUUCUGUGACCCAUUCGAUAUAUCUUCAUUCAUAUCUGUCUUCUUAAUGUGUUGUUUGCUUCAGCAGUAACAUAGUUUUGCUACCUUCUUCGUGCCGGCUAGGUUUUUCAUCUAAUAAGUUAAGUUCUAUUUCAGUACAUGGCAGGUAAUAAGUUAAGUCCUAUUUCAUCUAAUAAGUUAAGUUUGUAUUCAAAUCUGUUAAUAACUUCUGUUUCGCACAUUAUGACUUCUAUCUGUUAAUCUAAAAAUUGUUUUGGUA